AUCACAUGACAUGCGUGACGGAGACCAGUUUGUUUCCAAGGAGCUGAAGAAGCUUAUGGGUUAUCGGUGCUGACAGGCUAAUUUACGGGUUUUCUCCUCCAUUUCAGCUGUGAUUCUCUCGUAAAUUAUACAAAAACCAAACGUUGUUUUCUUCCUAAGGGGUCUGAUUGAUGUUUAACCAAUUGAUUCAACGAGGGAUCUCCAUUCAGAAUGGUAUCACUGGCAACUCUGGGCUGAGAGUGAACCCGUCAAAUUCUUGUUGCUCGGACACCUGUCGCAAUGGCACAAUGACAGAGCAAUUAAAUAACAACGAAACUCUCUUUUCUUUCGAACUAUUGGUGGAAUAUAUCAGAAUAGACAAAACCAGAAAAUGUCUAAAUUGUUCAGAUGAAUUAGCCCUCGGUGUGAGACUACUGGACUUCCCAACUCUGCUCAUCUAUCAACCAGAAACGUCUACUCCACUGCUAGAUCAACGGCACCAUGAGGACGAGGACAUUGAGAAGGAAAACCAGCUCUAUCAAGCCCACGACACGUUUAAAUACCCUUUCAACAAAGGCAAGUCGUGUUUGUUCAAAACCCACCUGGACUCCCUCCACACCCACCUAUCCAACACUCCUCUCCAUGCCGUGGUCCUGGAUAUGAGGGGAGAGGUUCCCACGUUGAUAGGCAGCUCGCUGGUGUCUCUGGUCAGGUUGAUAGACUGUAUCAGGUGUGAUGUGGAGGUUCAUGGUAUCUCCUCUCCCUCUUCCCAAGGAGAGAAAGGACUUGUUGAUUUAUUUAAUCUCAUGGGAGAGAAAAUAGGUGUUCUUUCUUUGAGAUAUAAUCUGUUCAGUCUGGGAAGUAGUUCAUUACCACAUAUACCUGAUAACAGGGUAUUGCCAGUUGGUAUUACACACGGGACGGAAUCUAUGAAACCAAUAGAACAUUUACAGGUCGAUCGUGGGAAAGGAACGAUGCAACCACUUGACUUGGACAUUGACAACAGGCCUUCCAAGGUCCUUUGUCAGAAUAUUGAUAUAAAUGACAAGCCCAGUGAGAUAGUGGUGUCAGAAGCACGGCAGACUGUUCCAGUUUCAACUGGCACUCAAACAGAACAUUCUAGAAGCAAGCAGCAUCACCGAACACUCAGAGUGGCUGCUAUCGAUGAGGAACAUGAUGAGGGAAGCCUCUAUGUUCAGCCCCCAUCUCUUUACUACAGCAGUUCUGUAGAACAACAACAGGAGAAUGAACCAGGCCACUUAGACAUGGAGUCUCUCAGGGUAGAGGAUCUGGACUUGGGGAAUGAGGAGACACCUGAUGAGACACAGGUUCCUGCUACAGACCACAGGUGUAGACAGAGACAGGAUGUGGUUCUGGAGUCUAGAGGCAGGGAAGAGAGGGGACAGCACCAACCCCAGCAGAUGGCAUCUAUCUUAGGGGAGGCUCUGAGACCGCUCCCUCUAUUGAACACCUUGCUGGUUGAGCUCGCCCAGUUGAGUGGACAGAGUCAGACCCAGCUACAGCAGCUCUUUUCAGUCCACCCCAACCUAGCAUGGAUCUACAGGCCACUGACAGAGCCUUCUAAUGGACAGGCAGACUGGCCUCAGUCCCAGGGCCUACGAGACACCACAACAUCACCACAGAGAGGCAGGCAGUCUCCUUGCCCAGUGGUUCCCGAACUAUGGGUCGGACCUAGCCCCAGAGUGAAGAACAGGCCUCUUCAGGAACAAUGCAGCACUACCACACAAAGUUCUAUCAGAAAAACAAACUGGGAGAAUACAAUGAGUGGCAAUACAGUGUCCAAGUCCUCUCCUAAGAAGAAGUUAGGUUUUGGAAUGACAAAAACAUUCCGCCUAAGAAUGAAGCAGGUUCAACCUUGUGGGAUGAAAUGCCACCUCCAUGAGUGCAGAAAGCAACAGACAGACAAACAGACACUCAAGACCAAGGGUCAUAGCAGGAAGUCCAACAACACUAACAGACAAACGGAUAAACCUAUAGAUGGGAGGAAGCUACUCAAUAGGAAUGAUAUUCUAAAUGAGGACAUUGCGACUUCGAUAAGUAGCCUAGACAGAGACCGUGGACGGCAGGGAAACAUCUCAACAGGAACCCAGCAGGAACUAACAAACACAUUCACAACUAGUGUCAAUGCAGAGGAUUUUUACUGUAAGAGAGAUGACUCCUCCCAAAGAUUACCAAAACAGAAACCAUCAUCCCAUUCCAAGCAGGACAGUCACAGUAAACUGUGGGUGCAUAUUCCCAGUGUUGAUCACACAGAGGAGGUGUUACGGAGUGGAGAGUACGACCAUGGUGACUCUGACAGCAGAGGAGACGGGGAUGAGACUCCAAGAGGCUCCAAACCCAGACCACACCUUUUAGACUCUGGCCACAAGCCCCACAUGUCAGACACCAGAAGAAGCCCCAGACUCAAACACCCCCACUCAGCCUCCAGCAGUGAUAGGUUGGACAGUGUGGGGGCAGUAGAAUACCUGGAUGACUUCAGCAGUCUAGACCCUACUGAUGGUGACGGGUUCUCACCUUCAACUGACCUUCUCAGUAGCCCUGAACCUGUUUCAUGUAGGACUAGGGGGAGGAGCGCCGAGCCUGUUGGGGGUGGGAAGACUAGGGGGAGGAGCCCUGAGCCUGUUGGGGGUGGGACCAGGGACAAGACGAGGAGCCGAGUGUCAGGUGACCAUAACUCUGACGGCUCCAGUGUCUCAGAGAGAAGCCAGAGAAGAAGAGUGGCUCCGCCUCUUCCUGUUCCUGUUAAAGCUGAGACGUCUCCCCAGCGCUCCCUGAUGAACACACACGUCAUCAGACCUCGUAUCCAGGACUCAGUCCUUAGCGUCUCCUCUGACAACAGUGUUGGAGACACGCCUGCAUCCAUACACUCAGUCCGCUCUAGAACUCAGCUGGCAGCAAGACCUUGUAGUGGAGGAGCCAUGAGGUCUGGUUCUGGGGCUAGAAUAACCUCAACUAACAGGCCUGGUGGCACUUGGUCUCAGGGAGCCAAGGGGUCUUUCUCUGAGAGUCUUAGAGCAUCAAGCCAACUCAGUGACAUCCAUACUGGCUAUAUCCCCAAAGAACCCACGGACAGAGCACCAGACAGGGGAUACUAUGUAGACACCCACACUGACUCCAUCCACACUCAGAACAGUAGGACAGACAGGGGAUACUAUGUAGACACCCACACUGACUCCAUCCACACUCAGAACAGUAGGACAGACAGGGGGUACUCUGUAGACACCCACACUGACUCCAUCCACACUAAGAACAGUAGGUCAGACAGGGGGUACUCUGUAGACACCUGCAUCUCUACUGACUACAACUCCUCACCCGAGUCCCACAAGGCUGAAGAUAUAGAAGAGGAGCUAACUGAGGAGGCAGGAGAGGAGCUAACUGAGGAGAGAGGAGAGGAGCUAACAGGAGGCAGGAGAUGA